UGUUUCUGAUAUGGCGGCAUGCGCAGCAUAAAUAGCGGGACGGCGGGACCACAAAGCGGGACCUACGAAGUUGCGCGUGCCCUCUGCAUAUAGCUCUGUGUUGUUGUGAACUCACUCUACGUAUGACGGCAGCAGAGCCUCCCACACGUUGCCGAGAGAUCGAACGCAAGUUCAGGGUGCCGCCAGACGUCGAGCGACGCCUACUCGCGCUCGGAGCCAGUCUCGUGUCUCGGAAGACCUUCGUAGACACUUACUACGACACGGAAGACUACUUUCUCUGCCUGCGAGACCACUGGCUUAGGCUGCGCGGCAGCGAUGAGAACAACGCGUGGGAGCUGAAGCAUCGCAGAAAGGGAGACGCCUCGUGCGCAGCAGCAGCCACUGCCUACCGAGAAGUUCGCGGCGACGCUCAGAUAAUGGCGACGCUCGGAGAAGUGCUUCCACAGACUAGGCUGGUAAAGGACGUCUCGCGGGUCAGCGACCUGGUCGCCAACGGCACGCUUCGGGAGUUGGCGGUGAUAACGACCGUUCGCAAGACCUUCAAGGCGCCGGCGGGAAACGCCGUCGUGGACAUUGACGAGACCGACUGGGGCUUUUCGGUGGGCGAAAUAGAGGUCGUGCUCGUCGAGUCCGACGAUGGAUCGGAUCUGCAGGCCGGAGCCGUCGAGGGGGCCACCGCCGAGAUUUCGGCGCUUUCCGCCCAGCUGGGUGUUGACGAAGAAGGGCCGCCGCCAGAAGGAAAAGUAGAAAGUUACCUGAGGCUUCGACGACCUGAGCUGUAUUAUCGUCUGCUCGACUGUGUAUGGUCACGUCACACAGCUAAAUAAAGAUGUCUGGGCCUCGUGUGAAACGCACGGCACUGCACGUGGAACCCAUCACGCAUUUUGAAGGAGAUCUCAAACACCAACCGAAUUCUGCCUUCUUAUAAGUUAAAUAAAACUAAA